AUGGGCGGCUUGCUUUCCUCCGGCCCAAAAGCUCCGGGUGGUUCUGCCAUGCCGAUUCCACGGCUGAGGCCAGGUGUCUGCAUUGGCCGGCAAGGUGGCCCGAUCUUCCACCAGCUUCUUUGGUUGCAGUACAAUAUGACUCUCGACUUCCUUAAGAGAAAGACAGGUGUUAUCGUCGGAGAUGACGUUAUCAACCUCUUCAAAUACGCCCACCAGAAGGGUUUCGCCAUCCCUGCCGUGAACGUCACCUCGUCCUCUACCGCAGUUGCCGCUUUGCAGGCCGCUAGAGACAACAACUCACCAAUUAUCCUGCAAACUUCGAACGGAGGUGCUGCUUUCUUUGCUGGUAAAGGUGUCAGCAACGAGAACCAGGCUGCUUCUAUCGCCGGUGCCGUUGCAGCUGCCCACUACAUCAGAUCCAUCGCCCCAACUUACGGAAUUCCAUUGAAGGCCGAUGAGGAAUACUUCGCCAAGCACGGCGAGCCUUUGUUCUCGUCGCACAUGUUGGACUUGUCCGCUGAGAACGACGACUACAACAUCUCGACCUGCGCCAAGUACUUCAAGAGAAUGGCCAAGAUGGACCAGUGGCUCGAGAUGGAGAUUGGUAUCACCGGAGGUGAGGAGGACGGUGUCAACAACGAAAGUGCCGAGAAGGACGCUUUGUACACUUCUUCCGAGACUGUGUUCAGCGUCUACAAGGCUCUCUCGCCAAUUUCUCCAAACUUCUCCAUUGCCGCAGCUUUCGGUAACGUCCACGGUGUUUACAAGCCAGGUAACGUUGUCUUGAGACCAGAGCUUCUCGGUGAGCACCAGAAGUACGCCAAGAAGCAGUUGGGCACCUCUGAGGACAAGCCUUUGUUCUUGGUGUUCCACGGUGGUUCCGGUUCUACCAACGACGAGUACAGAAAGGCCAUCAGCCUCGGAAUCGUCAAGGUUAACAUCGAUACCGAUACCCAGUGGGCUUACUUGACUGGUGUCAGAGACUACGUCUUGAAGUACCAGGCCUACCUUGCUCACCAGGUCGGAAACCCAGAGGGUGACGAUCUUCCAAACAAGAAGUACUACGAUCCAAGAAGAUGGGUCAGAGAGGGUGAGAAGACCAUGUACAACAGAAUCGACGAGCUUUUGGGAAUCUUCUCUACCAAGGGACAGUUGGGUAACUAA